AUGGCGCCCACGAUACUAGAGCUGGACCUCAUGGUCCAGUCUUUCUAUGAAGGUCGCGGUGAACAGCAAAAAGCUGCCCAAACCGCGUUAAAUCAGUUCAAGGAAGAUCCCGAUGCAUGGCUUCUCGUCGAUAAGCUCCUCGCCGAGUCGAGGCACCCGCAGACAAAGUAUCUUGGACUUCAGAUAUUGGACAGCGUUAUCAUGACCAGAUGGAAGGUUUUACCCCGAGAACAAUGUUUAGGAAUUCGCAAUUUUGUCGUGAACUUUAUCCUCCAGGCAUCUAGCACAGAAGAGUCGCUCAGGACUCAGCGCACUCUCUUGAACAAGCUGAACCUAGUUCUCGUCUCUAUUCUAAAGCAAGAAUGGCCUCACAACUGGCCAACCUUCAUCAACGAGAUCAUCUCAUCCUGCCGAUCAAACCUAUCCAUCUGCGAGAACAACAUGAUCAUUCUCCGCCUUCUCUCUGAAGAGGUUUUCGACUACUCGGCCGAACAGAUGACUUCGGCUAAGACUAGAAACCUAAAAACUACCAUGUGCAAUGAGUUUUCACAGAUCUUCCAGCUAUGUCAGGAGAUUCUUACUUCGGCGAAUCAGGCAAGCUUGGUGAAGGCUACGUUAGAGACACUACUGCGUUUUUGCAACUGGAUUCCGCUAGGAUACAUUUUCGAGACGCCACUUAUCGAGACGCUACGCACGCGAUUCCUAGAAGUUGCCGAAUUCCGUAACGUCACUUUGCAAGUGCUUACUGAGAUCGGUGGACUGGUGACUGGUGGACCGGGACAGCCGAACGCAUAUAGCGAACAAUUAGUCAAGAUGUUUGUCGAUGUUCUCACGACUAUUGCUAAUAUCGUUCCCUUGGAUCUCGACCUGAAGAGCACAUAUCCUCAGAGUAAUUCCAAGGAUCAGGAGUUUCUCCAAGAAUUGGCACUCUUCCUAUGCAACUUCUUCGGCCAGCAUGUUGAUCUUGUUGAGAAUCUCCCUAACCGAGACUUCCUCACGCAUGGUCACUUCUACCUCAUUCGCAUCUCACAGAUCGAAGACCGCGAGAUCUUCAAGAUUUGUCUAGAUUAUUGGCUCAAACUAGUACAGGAGCUAUAUGACGAGAUGCAAACCGCACCCCUCCAGGAGGCUAACCCCCUUAUGAUGGGAAACAGCUCCACUACUGGGGCUGUAAAUCCGACCAUAUUGUUAAAUUUCCCCUUGAGAAUGCACAAGUAUAAGGAGGUCCUAUCAAAUCUUCGAGUGGUUAUGAUCGAAAAGAUGGUCCGACCUGAAGAAGUUCUUAUCGUCGAAAACGACGAAGGUGAAAUUGUGCGCGAGUUUGUCAAGGAGAGUGAUACGGUGCAGCUCUACAAGACCAUCCGAGAAUGUCUCGUCUACUUGACUCAUCUUGACGUCGUGGAUACGGAAACAAUCAUGACUGAAAAACUACAGAAACAGGUUGACGGCACUGAGUGGUCAUGGCACAACUGCAAUGUUCUAUGCUGGGCUAUUGGAUCGAUUUCACUUGCCAUGAACGAAGAGACCGAGAAGCGAUUCCUUGUCACGGUUAUCAAGGACCUCCUCGGGCUGACAGAAAUGAAGCGCGGUAAAGAUAACAAGGCUGUCGUAGCCAGUAAUAUCAUGUACAUUGUUGGGCAAUACCCUCGCUUCUUAAAGGCCCAUUGGAAAUUCCUUAAGACGGUUGUCAAUAAGCUUUUCGAAUUCAUGCACGAGUCGCACGAAGGUGUACAAGAUAUGGCAUGCGAUACGUUCAUUAAGAUCGCAAGACAAUGCCGUCGACACUUCGUUGCCUUGCAGCCUAGCGAGAAUGAACCAUUUAUCGAGGAGAUUAUCCGAAACCUGCAGCGUAUUACAUUUGAUCUGACCCCCCAGCAAGUUCACACUUUCUACGAGGCUUGUGGAUAUAUGGUUGCUGCCCAGGGUAACAAGCACCAGCAGGAACGAUUGCUUGGAGAGCUCAUGAAUGCACCUAACGCAGCCUGGGACGAGAUCAUCAAAGCAGCUACUGAAAAACCUUCAGUUUUACAGGAUGCGGACACAAUUAAAAUCAUCGGGAACAUUAUGAAGACUAAUGUGUCAGCUUGCUCUUCUAUUGGGCCUUACUUCGGUCCGCAGAUUGGUAGAAUAUACCUAGACAUGCUACAAAUGUACCGUGCUACUAGCCAGUUAAUCUCAGAGGCUAUCGCCCGUGAUGGUGAAAUUGCUCCUCGCAUGCCCAAGGUCCGAGGACUGAGAACCAUCAAGAAGGAAAUUUUGAAGUUAAUUGAGAGCUACGUUGACAAGGCAGAGGACCUUCCUGCUAUCCGUCAGCAGAUGGUACCGCAGCUUCUUGACUCCGUACUGGUAGAUUACAACCGCAACGUCCCAGGAGCCCGAGAUGCAGAGGUCCUGAAAGCUAUGUCCACCAUCAUUACAAGACUUACGGGUCUGAUGGAAGACCAAGUACCAAUCAUUAUGCAAAAUGUUUUCGAGUGCACUCUUGAAAUGAUCAACAAGGACUUCUCAGAGUUCCCUGAGCACCGAGUGGAAUUUUUCAACCUGCUCAGAGCUAUCAACCUGCACUGCUUCCCUGCUCUCCUAAAGCUGGACAACAGACAGUUCAAGUUCGUCAUCGACGCUUGCAUGUGGGCUAGCAAGCACGAUAAUCGUGACGUUGAAAGCGCAGGACUUAACAUGUGCCUAGAGCUUGUCACGAAUAUCGCGGACAAGACCGAUGUGCAAACAGCCAAUGCCUUCUUCCAGCAGUUCUUCAUUGGUAUCCUGCAGGAUGUAUUCUUCGUCUUGACAGAUCCUGACCACAAAGCUGGGUUCAAGACGCAGUCUAUGCUGCUAAUGCGCAUGUUCUACUUCGUACUCCCAGCAGACGGUUCCACACCCAAGAUCCAGGGGCCUGUUUACACAGACCAGGCACCAGCCGGCACAAGCAAUAAGGACUUCCUUACCGAAUUUGUUGGCGGUCUUCUACGUAACGCAUUUCCCAACCUCCAAAUUGCACAAAUUGGUGCAUUUAUCGAGUGUCUCUACACCCUGAACGCGUCGUACGAGAAGUUCCGUCUCCAAGUCCGAGACUUCCUUAUCUCCUUAAAGGAGUUUGCUGGUGACAAUGCAGACCUCUUCGUCGUUGAGAAGGAGCAAGAGGCUCGCGAGAAACUGACAGCCGACCACGAGCGACGAGCCAAGGUGGGCGGCUUAUUAAAACCGUCAGAGAUCGAAGCGGAAGAUGACGAGCUAUGA